AUGAGGUGUCCAGAGGAGCAGAAGCUACAGUGUGCCGCUUUCGUUCUCAUCAAUAAUGCCAAGCGCUGGUGGCACUCAGCUGAGAGAAUGAUAGAAGCCAGUGGAGGACAAGCCACGUGGAACCAAUUCAAGGAGCGGUUUUACGAGAAGUACUUCUCUGCUCACGUGAGGUACAACAAGCAGGCUGAGUUCAUGAAUCUGAAGCAGGGAACCAUGACGAUAGAAGAGUAUGAGGAGGAGUUUGACAAAUUGUCUUGCUUUGCCCCUGAUCUAGUGUCUAAUGAAGAAAAGAGAUGUAAGCAGACAUGGCAUACGACGGACCAAUGCCCUAGUAGUAGUUCUGGAAGUGCAGGGGGUCAGCCCCCAAGUUUGCAUCAGGGUAGUUCAAGCCGACAGCAACAACAGGGUCGGGUCUAUGCCACCAGUCGUCGGGAAGCUGAGCAUUCAGGAACAGUAGUAACAUUGUCUACACUGUCAGGAGAAAUUAUGGUAGCAAGUGAGAAGAUAAAAGCAUGUCAGUUGGAAAUAGCGAAUCACACCAUUGAUAUAACUCUGAUAGUAUUAUACAUGCGUGACUUUGAUGUAAUUCUGGGCAUGGAUUGGGAAGCCAGUUUUAAGUUCAAGAGGGCCAGAACGGUAGUUUUACCCAAAGUGAUUUCAGUGGUAAAGGCCAAGAGGUUGAUUAACCAAGGUGUCUGGAGUAUCUUGGCUAGCGUAGUUGACACAAGAGAAAUCAAGAUUGCUCUAAUCUCUGAACCAAUUAUGAGAUAUUAUCCCGAUGUAUUUCUGGAAGAACUUCGAGGAUUGCCUCCACUAAGGGAGAUUGAUUUUGCGAACGAAUUGGAGUCAGACACUAUUCCUAUAUCCAAAGCUUCGUAUAGAAUGGCUCUGGCAGAAUUGAAAGAACUGAAGGUCCAAUUAUAG